CUUGUGCUCAUUCAUCGCUAACGUCGAGUCCUCCUCGCUCUCUCUCUCUCUCUCUGCCUUUUCGAAUCAAAGUCGUCUCCUUUUCCGCAACUAUGUCGAAGAAGAUCAUCCUCAAGAGUUCCGACGGCGAAUCGUUCGAGGUCGAUGAGGCCGUUGCGCUCGAGUCCCAGACGAUCAAGCACAUGGUCGAAGACGACUGCAUCGCUGACGGAAUCCCUCUUCCGAACGUCACCAGCGCCAUCCUCGCCAAGGUUAUCGAGUACUGCAAGAAGCACGUCGACGCCGCCGCCGAGGCUAACGCCGGAGACAAGGACAUCUACGGAAACACCGAGGACACCGAGCUCAAGAAUUGGGAUACCGAGUUCGCUAAAGUUGAUCAGCCUACGCUCUUCGAUCUCAUCUUGGCUGCUAAUUAUCUGAACAUCACUGGACUUCUUGACUUGACGUGCAAGACUGUGGCGGAUAUGAUCGUAGGCAAGACCCCAGCUCAGAUGCGCGAGCACUUCAACAUCAAGAACGACUACACGCCUGAGGAAGAAGAAGAGGUUCGCAAGGAGAAUGCUUGGGCCUUCGAGUGACUUUUGAUCCCCCCUGGUGUUUUAGGAUCCUUUAGUCUUCUUUCUUUUUCUCUUUUGGUUUGAAGCUUGUCAUUUGUCUAUGAACAUGGCUUUGUUCUACUAAAUUGGUUUUUUUUUUAAUCAUAAAGUUUGCGUCUUUGUGCUU